AACAAACGUCAAAACUAUAGAAAUUUAGACACGUGCACGUUUCCUUGUACUUGCUUAAUUUGAUUGCAUUAUAAUAGUGUUUAGAUAAGUAAAUAUGGAAAAAGAUAUACCACCAGAUCUUGAAAAAUGGUUAAGAAAAUGCUUGAAAAAGGAAUUUGGGAGAAACAUACAAAAUGCCAUAGAUAAGGAGCAAGAACCCAGCGAUAUCGCUUACAAGCUCACGCGUUCGAAAGACAUGACUACUUUAUUGAAUUCUAUAAAGAACGUAAUUGCCGAACAAUAUAUAGCAAUAAAACCUUCAUCCGCGGCAUCACGAUCGCAAUCAUCGCUUUCUUUUGCCAGUGAUCUCACAGCAGACGAUUGGGCCUCUCCGCAAGGAAACGGUGAAGAAUACAGCUGUAUUAUCGAUAGGAUUAGUCACGAUAAACCAGUUCACGUGAGGCUGGCUGGCUACGAAAUCCUAUUAAAAAUUGAAUUGUCCAAUAUAAAUAACAAUUCACAAUGGGACGUUCUCCAAAAGGCUUUGUUGGAUGGUCUCACGGAUGAUAGCAGAGCGAUAUUCGAAGCUAGCAUGCAAGUACACGCUAAGUUAUUGAAUUAUCCGCAAUUGCAUAGCAUAUAUGGCAAUUUAUUAGGCGCGUUCAAUGCGCAAUAUCAUUCGCAGAAGAUGCGCGAAACUCUGCCUACUCUAAUCUCUGGAAUUAAUUUCAAAUUCUUCUUACACGAGAAACUAUUCUAUAUAAUGUAUCUAAUAAUUCAGUAUCAAAAACAAAUGUUAAAAAACACUAGGCACAGCGACAAGACCAUAGAAGAAAUCAUCGAACAAUUUAUAGUAUUUCUUAGUACGCAUAGCUUUGGCAAUAAAUUGCAGCCUAAAACCUUAAACAUACUAAAUAUCAUCUCGGUGUUGGAACCGCAGGCCAAAUGGAGUAAAAGAUGGCUUCAUAGUUUUUCUACCAGGAAAAUUUUCAUUGCCGCUUUGGCUAAAUCUCCGACGUUUCUGCAAAACGUUGUCGAAUGCGUCAAGAAUGGUCUGAAGGAAACACCUUAUUCUAUUUCCGCAUCUAUCGUGGAUGAGGGCAACGAGCUGUGUAUUUCCGGAAAUACGAUAGAAACUACAACUUAUCUGCAUUGUUUAGUUUUCAUUUCGCAGCUUUGUAGUUAUGAAGCAAGCAGAACAUUAUUCAUGGAGAAUUUACUGAAAACGCCUUUUGAUAUCGCUGAUUUUCUAAUAGAAUUGUUGAAUUCCUUAAACAAAUUAGCAGUGGAAGCGUCGAGUGGGGUUUACAAUACCUCCUGUAGUGCUUUGCAAAACGUACUCAAUGUAUCAGAAAUAUUGUACAAUGCUGAAUUUUAUCACGUCGCGUUAUGCCAUUUGAUGUCUCUUCCUGAAAAUGAUAUAAAAAUUUGGCCACACAUAUUGAACAUUAUCUCUCAUAUGGUAGAUACAGUCGACGGACCAGUAUUUUUAACUACGCAUUGUAAAGAACAUUCUGCAACAAAUUCUGAAAACACACCAUCAAAAUGCCCAGUUGCGAUAGUGAUGCAGUACGCAUCAAAUUUACUGAAACAACCGUUUUCUAUAAUGGAUACAGAAUGUAUUCUUAGAUCAUUUAGUUUGUUAGAGAAAUUAUUCGACAUUAUUUAUGACGUUUACGAAGCGGCACAGCAGCAGAUAGAAACGCAAUUUUAUCCAGCCGUUGCCAAUUUUUACAAAAAAUUAAACAAAUGCGGCGUCGAAAACGAGAAUAAAAUUCAGCAACUCGAUAGCGCUAUCAAAAAGGUUUUAUUAAAAAUAGUAUCGAUACCUCUUGGCUUGCAAGCGCUCGUCAAAGAAAAAUUGGUGUUUGAGGAACUGAUUCGCGGAUUAAUCGUUCCUCUAAGAGCAACCUGGAGUUCCACCGACAUAGUCAGCUUCAUCUCGUCUGCUGGUUAUUUCGAUCUGGGCUACAACGUGCUCGCGGAUCUCGGAUCUCACGUCUUAUCAACUUUACUAUCGCAAACGUGUGCAAAUGCAGAAGAUCCUAGGUGUUUUUACGACCCGUGGGACAAAGAAAAUAUCAACGAAUUUCUACAUAUACUUACAUUAUUUUCUCUUAAUUUUAAUUGUUUCGUCGCAUUUAUGACGAACGACAGUGAAUUAGACAACAACGAAGAAAAGGAUAAUCCUUCGAAUUUAUUUGAACUAUUCCAAGCUGCAUUAAAUGAAGAUUCUCGUUAUCAUCAUUUGGGUCUUCUAUCAUUGAAUGUAGUAAUUUGGAACAUAGACAUUUAUGUCUAUUUAAUAAAUUUGUUAAACUUUCAGAUAGCGUUGUUAAAUAUUCAGAAGGAGAGCACGAUAUUAAUUGAAGUUCGCAAUGAGCAAGAUGAUGAAAUUGACGAUUACGAGCAAACUAUGAUAGAGAAUGAUGAUAAUGAUAAGCCAGAACUAAUAAAAGAAUACAUAAUUGACAAUUCCAGUUUUUUACGACAUAAUAUUUUAUUGAAGUCGUAUUACAUGACAUACAAUAAAAAGCAACACAUAGUACCAUUGGAAGAAUAUGAACUUUUUUCGGAAUUUCCACCUCCUAACAUGUAUGCAGAUAUGAUAGAGUUUCAAGUUACGGAAUAUGAUUCAGAAUUAAAUGACAUGUUGCAAGAGGAGAGACCUGGAUUGUUAGAUAUUGGUUGGGUGUCGCAAGUUAGAACGGCUCAUAAAGCUUCGCGAUCUCCAAUGAAGAAUUCAGCAAUGACAAAUUUAUUAAACCAAAUGUACAAAGCCAUCCCAACUGCUGAAUGGGUAGAACAGUUUAAAUGGCAAGAGAAUAUAACAUAUGAUGCCGAUUAUUGGCUCCCGGAAGAUGUACACGCGAUUAAUGUUGCUCUGAAUUAUGCCGAACAAAGGCAGAUUUUAAAGAAUACUGACGAAAAUCAGAAAAAUUUGAAGCAAUUCAUUCAUUCUGCCUACAUAUUUAUACAAUACAAUAAACCGAACAGAUUCGAAGGUUUCGACUGGUUCUUAGCAACAGUGUUUAUUAUUUGUGAUGGAGAUUUAAACAAGUGUAAAACAUUUAUCAUGCAGUUAAUUCAAUUUCCAUCGACACUGCUUCUCUGGUCGAAAUUGGGCAGAGUUAUCGACGAAAGAAAUAACGAAAAUACUAGUUCACAAUUUACUUUUAUGCAAGUUUUAGAAGCCAUGGUUAAUAUCGAGCUUCCAAAUAUUAAAUAUGGAUUAAAGGAUGUUUGUGGUGUGAACUGGUGGAUGAUAUCCAAUAGAAUGAUAUCGCAAUGCUUCUGGGGCAUUCUUCCAUGGAGCGAAAUAGUUCAUUUUUUUGCAAUUUGUAUUUUGUAUCCUCCCGAUUAUAUGGUGUAUUAUUGCAUAUCUCUUUUGCAAUACUGCCAGGAUACUUUGUUGGAGGAUUUUACGAAUAAAAAAAUGUGGCCGGAAAAUAUGAUAUUGAAUGAAUAUCAUUGUCAUAAUUACAUUUCAUACAUGGAUAAUUUGGGGCAACGAUAUAGAAAUCGGGUUUUACCGGCAAUGACUAAAAAUUUGAAUUCAGAAGAUGAGAUAUAA